UGUAGCCGAAGAAUUUCGUCGUUGUGUUGCUGAUCACCGUAACGUAAACUUUCCUAAUGGAGAUCGACCCCGAAACUGGUUCUGAAAACAACGCCCUCGUUCUGGUUAAGCAAGGAGCUGAAGCUAGAGUUUUCGAGUCAGUAUUGGCGGGAAAAAGGUCCAUCAUCAAAGAGCGUUUCUCCAAGAAAUACAGACACCCUUCUCUCGAUUCUAAGCUCACUCUCAAGCGCCUAAACGCGGAAGCUAGGUGCAUGAUCAAGGAUCGACGGCUCGGCAUUUCAACUCCGGUUCUUUAUGCCGUCGACCCCGUGCUCCAUACCCUGACUUUCGAGUACGUGGAGGCUUCCGUUAAAGACGUUUUCCUCGGAUUCUGGUCAAACGGCGUCGUUAAAGAACGGUUAGCCGAUAUAGCCACCCAAAUUGGUGACGCAAUUGGCAAACUCCACGACGGUGGACUUGUUCACGGUGACCUCACCACGUCAAACAUGUUAAUCAGAGAUGAAUCCAAUAAGCUCGUCCUUAUCGACUUUGGUCUAAGCUUUACAUCAACGCUUCCAGAAGACAAAGCUGUUGACUUGUAUGUUCUUGAACGAGCCUUGAUUUCGAUGCAUUCUUCGUGUGGGAAUGUGAUGGAUCUCAUACUUGCUGCAUACAAGAAGUCUUCAAAGCAGUGGUGUUCCACAUUGAACAAGCUAGCUCAAGUACGGCUAAGGGGUCGCAAGCGCACAAUGGUUGGAUGAGCCUCCUUCAUUGAUGGAUUAGAUAUGGUUGAGGAAAUCUGUUAAGAUUUAAAUUUGAUGCAAUAGAAGAAAUGUGGCUAAUGAUUUAGAAUCUUUAUGGUGUGGUGUGGUUUCUGCAUAUUGCAAUUGCAAUCCUCUCCUUUUAAACAUUGGACUUAAUCAUGUUGUAGA